CGAAAGAAACACUGUGCACCGAGCAACAGUGGCGUAUUGUAUCCCAUUUCUUUUUUGUUGUUUCUUUUUGAAACUCUACGGCACUGACAACGACACCCCGUGGAUUGGCAACAACGAAAAUUUAUCGCAUCCGUUGUUGUUUUCAGAUCCGAACCGUGACCGAGAGGAAAUGAUUCGAGACUGAUGAUGACACACCCAUCCAAAUCGCCGACGAAGAUGAUGAUUCACGCUCUUUUGCUCUGCCUUGCAUCGUGGACGGGCAUUAGCAGCGCUAAUUCAGCAAUUGCCUCUUUCCGCCUCAACAUCAGCGACAGCGAUCUUUUACGUUUAAUGACUGUUGAAGAACCCAAUGACGGCUCACUUGAAUCCUGUCCCAACGACGAGGAAACCUUCAAUUUCGCCGAUCCUGGAUGGCCGGACCAAUCGAAAGGCGCCGGCAGCAAGUCGCCCGUCAGGCAGCGUUACAGCCAGUCCAAUUAUCUCAUUUCGUCAGACCAGCCAGUUACGGACCCUAAAGUGCCGUUGACCAUCGGUUACCUGAGUUCUUACCUGAGCAGCAAGAUGACGCUGGGCGCCAUCCCGCUAGCCAUCGAGACCAUCAACAACGACCCGAAUCUUUUGCCUGGACGCAAAUUGCAGUUCGUCGCUGCAGAUAUAGGCGAUCCUGUAGGCAAUGAUGGACUGACAGCUUUGGCCAUCCGGCGGAUGACCGAAAUGAGGGACAACAACUCGACAAUCGCAUUCAUCGGGCCCGACGGACAGUGCGCAGCUGAAGCCCUGGUGGCAGCCGCCUGGAACCUACCCAUGAUUACUCACAAAUGUUCAGAAACGAAACUGUCAGAAAUGCCACAGACAUACUUCACGUUUGCUCGCACAUUGCCGCCGUCUUCGAAAAUCUCUAAAUCAGUCAUGGCUUUGCUGGAAAAAUUUGGCUGGAACAAAGUCAUCAUCAUCGUUGGAAGGAGGAACGAGUGGAUUCAAAUCAAAGAUGCCAUCAAAGAUUCGGCGAGAGACAAGAAUAUUGACGUGACCGAUGUGAUUCAAUUAGACGAUUACAUUCCCAAUCAAGUAGAAACAAUUAAUAAAAUUGCCAGGAAAACGUACCAACGCACUCGAGUUUACCUGUUUAUCGGUGAACACAUCGCCCUGGUUGACUUUGUCAAAGCUCUACAUGGCCUCCAAGUUCUUGGAAACGGGGAUUACAUGGUCAUUUCCAUCGACGAUUUCAUAUUCGAUCCGGAAAGCAAUGCUCAAGAAUACACUAGCCGAAACUAUCUAGAUCCUUACCUAUCGGCCACGAAAAAAGACGAUGAAAUUCAGGCUUUUCGCUCGGUUUUGAAAGUGACAUCCUCUCAUCCGCGCAAUCCCGAUUUCAAAAAAGUCCUGGCCAAAAUAAAAGAAUAUUCGGCACGCCCACCUUUCUGCGUCCCGUACCAUCCAAUCAUCUUCAACGACAUCGAAGUGCCCAUUCAUGCUUACCAUGCGUACGACGCUGUCAUGAUUUACGCCAAGGCAUUGACUGAGACCCUUCGCGAUGGCUACGAUCCGCGAAAUGGAACCGCCAUUAUGGAAAGAAUACGCAAUCGUCCUUACCAUUCAGUACUCGGGUUUGAUGUAUUUAUCGACUCGAAUGGCGACGCGGAAGGUAAUUACACGGUGGUUUCUAUGCUCCCCUUUCACGGAAAACGGUCUGAGGCGUCGGACGAUGCAAUGACUUACGUCAUGCAACCCGUUGGGUAUUUCCAGUACAAUUCUAGCAGCAAUUCUCCAAACGAUUUGCCCAUCUUUCGAUAUUUCAACUCGAGCCGCCCAAUUGACUGGCUCGGAUCAGGACCGCCCAUCCCGGAACCUCCUUGCGGCUUUCUCGGUGAAAAAUGUGUCCAGGUUGCGACACCCGACUGGAGAAGUUUCGUUAUUUGUACCGUCUCAGGUGUUGUGCUCAUUGUAGCCAUCGGCCUCGUAUCAAGACAUUAUCGUUACGAGCACAAGUUGGCUUGUUUACUCUGGAAGGUCGAUAUCCGCGAGGUUAUCAUAACCAAUUUUCCGGACGGUAGCAAUGAGCCGCCCCCGUCUACGAUGUCGGUCACGUCCGAUCAUCCCGUCACGCGACGUUCUCUUCUUGCGUUCGGUGGUCAUCACGGUUCCAAUAACAAUAACAGCAGUAAUGGAAGUCUUGGACCAUCUCCUGGCGUCAAAGGCGACCCUAUCGGUGAUUUAGGAUUGAAGCGUGUCUAUACUAGAACGGGCAGUUACAAGGGUAACCUGGUGGCCAUCAAGGCCAUCAGCCACAAGAAUGUCGAUUUGACUCGAAACGUACGCAAAGAACUGAAAGAGAUGACAGAGAUUCGCCAUGAAAAUAUCGUUUCAUUCAUCGGGGCUUCUGUUGAAUACGGAGGCGUCUUUAUCUUGACGGCCUACUGCGCUCGGGGUAGUUUAGAGGACGUCCUACAAAACCCCGAUUUUAAAUUGGACACAAUUUUCAUCGCAUCUCUCGUCGCUGAUUUGAUCAAGGGAAUGAUCUUUCUCCACGAUAGUGAAAUUGUUUCACAUGGAAACCUGAAGUCGUCCAAUUGUUUGGUCGACUCGCGUUGGGUUCUACAGAUCACCGAUUUCGGCCUGCACGAACUCAAAGCCUCGAGUCACGAAGCUCGUAUGAGAAUGCAGUGCAGCAAGAGAUUAUUGUGGAAAGCGCCCGAGUUGUUGCGUAACCACAAUCCCCCACCGCGCGGAACCCAGAAGGGUGACGUCUUCUCCUUUGGCAUCAUUCUCUAUGAAAUUAUCGGUCGUAAAGGACCCUGGGGUGACUUGCUGUACACCAUGUCGCCCAAAGAAAUCGUCGAAAAGGUAGCGCAUCCGGAAUGGUUUUUCUAUAAAUUCUUCCGUCCACCCAUUUCGCAGUUGGACUGCAAAGACUACAUUAUCCGAUGCAUGCAAGAUUGCUGGCAUGAAUCGCCGGAAAUGCGCCCUGAUUUCAAAUCCAUCCGUGGCCGACUAAAGGAAAUGGAAGCUGGAUUGAAACCCAACAUCUUUGACAACAUUAUGAUUAUGAUGGAAAAAUAUACUUAUAAUCUGGAAGGAUUAGUCCAGGAACGAACAGAUCAACUUGUCGAGGAAAAGAAGAAGACAGAAGCUCUUUUACAUCGAGUCUUGCCAAAGUCGGUAGUGGAAUCUUUAAAACGAGGAGAACCCGUGGAAGCAGAAAGUUUCGACUCUGUUACAAUUUAUUUCAGUGAUAUUGUUGGCUUUACGACGCUGUCCGCAGUCAGUACACCGCUGCAGGUGGUCGGCCUGCUCAACGAACUUUACACAUUGUUCGACUCGAUUUUGGAAAAUUACGAUGCCUAUAAAGUUGAGACAAUUGGUGACGCUUACAUGGUGGCCAGCGGUUUGCCCAUUCGCAACGGAGAUCACCAUGCAGCUGAAAUCGCCUCGCUAGCCCUUCACCUUCUCUCGGAGAUCCGCAACUUUCACAUUCGCCAUCGACCGGGUGAAACGCUUAAAUUGCGUAUUGGCAUCCAUUCUGGUCCUUGCGUUGCUGGAGUGGUUGGAUUGAAAAUGCCAAGAUAUUGUCUUUUCGGUGACACAGUCAAUACUGCAUCUCGAAUGGAAUCAUCUGGACAAGCUCUUCGUAUUCAUAUUUCUGCAGCUACCAGAGAGCUUCUGAAUAGAUUAGGUGGCUAUAUCAUUGAAGAACGUGGAAUGACAUCCAUUCGUGGCAAAGGUGAAAUGAUGACCUAUUGGCUCGUUGGCGAAGAAUCGUGGCGCACGAGAGGUGGUCGCAUUGGUUCAAUUGAAGGAGAAACAUCACAAAUUCUUCCAGAACCUGUGAUUGUUGAUCCAUCAGUUUCACAUGAAAUUCCACUCAUGUUAGAAGAUGUCCAGUCACCAACAGAAUUAGACCCUAUUGACACAUCCCCAAGUACAUGGCUAUUGGGUGAUUGUCCAAUGGCUCCCAAUGAAGAUUACGAAUCAAAGAUGCCACAACUCAACAAUGGAGUCAACAUUGGUUUCAGUGAUAGAAACCGUUGCCCUUUUGGCCAUUAUCAGAGCCCCAUGCCUCUCACUUCUUACCAACAAUCCAUUAUGGAGAUUCCAUGUGCUGCUUGCCAACUCCAGGGAAGCAUGUGCAAACAGCAACGGGUGCUGUCUUCGCAUUAUCGUUCUGCUCCCAUUAUCACUUCCAAUCCGUCACAUCAUCGUGAUUCUUCUCCUGCCCUCCCGUUGCGGACUACGAGCCCACAGCCUUGUGUCUGAGCUCACUUCCGAGUCUAAAACUGCCUCUUGAACGAUAUUCUCCAAGCUGUUCCCUUCUACUUCGUUCGACAAUGAUUCGUCCACUUGUAUUUGUUUUUGAAAAGACAUGAUAGUUUAUUCUAGUCACGCGAAGCGUCUGCUACAAAGCAGUAAAUGUAUAAUAUGCGGUAUAGGCAACUGCCAUGCGGCUAUCGGACGGCUGUGAUAAUUUUAAUUUGCUUGCGUUAACGUUUACCGUUUUCCAUUCGCAUUUUCGUUGUCCUUUUUUAUUAUUUACAUCAGUCGUAGUAUUUUUUUAUUGCUGGUUUUUCUCGUAUUUCUUAAUGUGUUCCACAGGCCACAGCAAAAGGUGUCACUUGUAUUCUAUUUUGCAUUGUUUACGGAAGAAGGAAAAAAAGGCUAGCAGCCGAUCGAAGAGAUGGGACACAUCUCCCGCCAGAUUCUGCGUUUUGAUCCAGUUGAUUAUCCAGUUGCUUUAUUUUGUUCCACGUGCGUUAUUGAGAUCGUCCUUUUUUUCUACCUUAAAAUCGCACGUUUUCUGUAAAUAAACAGUUGUCGUACAAAUGAACUUGC